CCGCGCAUGCGCGGUGGCGCUGGAGGAACUGGGCUGGAAGAUGGCGGCGAUGGAGAGAGCCGGGAGCAGGCGGGGAGUGACGGCUGUUGUAGGGAGUCGCUGGGUCUCGUUCCAGACUUGGUGCCGGCCGCUGCCGGCGCUGCUUUUCGCCGUGCUGGUGGCGGGCUCCUGUGAGGGGAAUUCGGUUGAGAGGAAGAUCUACAUCCCCCUGAACAAAACGGCGCCGUGUGUUCGUCUUCUGAAUGCUACACACCAGGUCGGCUGCCAGUCCUCCAUCAGUGGAGACACAGGGGUGAUACAUGUAGUUGAGAAGGAGGAGGACCUAAACUGGGUGCUUGCUGAUGGCCCACACCCACCCUACAUGAUAUUACUAGAUGGAAACCUCUUCAACAGGAAGGUAAUGCAGCAGCUGAAGGGAACCUCACGAGUGUCAGGCCUUGCAGUGUCUAUUGCCAAACCUAACCCUCCCCAGGGAUUUUCUCCUGGUUUGAAGUGCCCCAAUGAUGGGUUUGGUGUCUAUUCCAAAGACUAUGGCCCUCAGUAUGCACACUGCAAUAGGACUGUGUGGAAUCCAGUGGGGAGUGGGCUUUCGUAUGAGGAUUUUGACUUCCCCAUUUUUCUACUUGAAGAUGCCAAUGAGACUCAAGUUAUUAAACAGUGUUACCAAGACCAUAACGUCCCUACUGAUGGAUCUGGCCCUGAGUACCCUCUGUGUGCCAUGCAGCUUUUUUCCCACAUGCAUGCUGUCACCAGCACUGUUACCUGCAUGAGACGCAACUCCAUCCAAAACACCUUCAGCAUUAAUCCAGAGACUGUAUGUGAUCCUCUGCUUGAUUACAAUGUGUGGAGCACCUUGCACCCUAUUAAUUCAUCUGAAAAAGUGGAUCCUAAGAAGGAGUUUAUUAUGGUUGCUACACGAAUUGACAGCCAUUCCUUCUUCUGGAACAUUGCACCUGGGGCAGAGAGUGCUGUCUCCUCUUUUGUGACCCACUUGGCUGCUGCUGAAGCCCUUCAUAAGGCAUCAGAUGUUCAUUUGCUGCAAAGGAAUAUAAUGUUCACCUUCUUCCAAGGGGAGACUUUUGAUUAUAUUGGCAGUUCACGAAUGGUGUAUGAUAUGGAAAAAGACAAAUUUCCUCUUCGUUUGGAGAACAUCCAUUCUUUUGUGGAGUUGAAUCAGGUGGCUUUAAGGAAUGGCUCCAUUUUGUGGAUGCACACAGACCCUGUCUCUCGGUUGAAUGCCACUGUUGAGCCCCAGAUUAAAAACCUGCUCGAUAUUCUGAGUAAUAGCAGCGUAGGAGCAAACGUAACUUUACAGGAAGUUGGAUUUUCACAGUCUCUUCCCCCAUCUUCAUUCCAACGCUUCCUUCGAGCCCGGCACAUUCCUGGGGUGGUCCUGACCGACCACCAGGCUUCCUUCCAGAACAGAUACUACCAGAGCAUGUAUGACACUCCAGAGAACAUCAGGAUGCAAUACCCUGAGGGGCUUAGCCCCGAGGAGACCCUGGAGUAUGUUACAGACACAGCCAAGUCUCUGGCAGAAGUUGCCACAGUGGUCGCCCGUGCUCUAUACCGGCUUGCAGGGGGAGCCAACGACACCUCUGCUAUUCAGGCAGAUCCAAAAACGAUCACUCAAAUGCUCUAUGGGUUUCUGAUUAAAAUGAACAAUUCCUGGUUUCAGUCCAUCAUUAAACCAGACCUGAAAGGGAUUCUGGGUGAUGAUGUUCCCCAGCACUACGUUGCUGUUUCCAGCCCUGUGAACACCACCUACCUUGUGCAGUACGUCCUGGCCAACCUCACAGGCACUGUUGUUAACCUCACCAAGGAAGAGUGCUUGAACCCUGAAAAAACACCUAAUGCUGAGAAAGAAAUGUAUGACUAUGCCUGGGUGCAGGGUUCCCUGGACCCUAACUCAACAUCACGAGUCCCCUACUGCGUUCGGUCAACUGUUCGCCUGAGCAAAGCACUCUCUCCUGCCUUUGAGCUGAGGGAAUGGGGAUCUACAGAGUAUUCCACAUGGACAGAGAGUCGAUGGAAGGAGAUCCGUGCCAGAAUAUUUCUAGUAGCCAGCAAGGAGCUAGAGAUAAUCACUUUGGUUGUGGGCAUUGCCAUUCUGGUCUUCUCUCUUGUCGCCACACAUUUUAUCAACGCCAAAGCAGAUGUACUUUUUAGCAUCCCUCGGGACCCUGGGGCUGUGGCUUACUGAAGAUGCUCUCAAGGCACGAGAAGUCUUAGUCCUUGGAUUGCAAAUAUCAAAGAUAAAACUACACUGGAAUGCCCCUCUCUCUGGAUAGGGACGGAAAUGGUUCUCUCCAGAGCCUCCAUGCUCGAGUUCUGGGGACUGAGCCCUGAAACGUAAGAGACUGUGCCGAUCAAGCCCGAAAGAAAUUGUGACUGAGAAGUUCCCAAAGCCUUCUGUUUUUAAUUUGUCCUUAUUCUGAGAAACGUGAGAGGAUUGUUCCUGAAUGCCACCAAGGUGACAAAGCAAUGGACGUGUUCCCUACAUGAUGGUGAGGGUGGGAGGGGUGUUUUCUCUGGGGUAUGUGUGGACCAGUGCAUUUCCAUGGUGUCCAAUAGCACGGGUUGCCUGUUAACGUCCAACAGUUGCUGUGAAUCUGUGUAUAUACUACAAUGCAGGGAGGACAAGCGUGUUUAACACAUGAUUAGUUGUAAAAUAUCCUUUUUUUUAAAUGGUGCAAUAUUUUCUGGGUUUUUGUACAUAUAUAAAUAGUUCUGUUUAAUUAAAAAAGAAAUCUCUGCUUACAGAUUAACCCAUUGCCUGCAUUAUCUUUAGUUGCUGCCCAAAGGACCAAAAUCAGUGAGUGCUGCAAUGUGUUUUGGUCUUGGGAGGAACAGCAUUUGUUUCAGCUUAGACUGAUAGCUCUCCAAGGCAGGGAUGGUUGCUCUUUUCUUAUAGUGCUGUCUGUGGUGAUGCCUCCAUCUCAGUUCAUUUUAGGCACUGAUAUAUUAAACAUGUUUAAUAAAGAGCGUGCUCGCAGCAGGACUGGGCUCUGAGGGCCAGCAGUGAUGUCUGACCAGGCACUCAGCCAUUCCUCCUUGUUCCUUUUAUGUGAAAAUUCACCUGUUCUUCAACAGUAUUGAUUCAAAGGUGUGAUAGUGCUGUUGUCCAAAGUGAGGAUCUCAAAAACAGGUAGGGAGGAUUAAUCACAGAAAUCAGAGCUGACUAGCACUAAAGCCAGCAUCAUUUUUUGCUUCCCUAGAGGGCUAUGCAGGCUUAUUGUGUUUAAGUCUUUUCUCAACCAGACAUAAACUCUGGAGUUUUAAAGUAAUUCAGACCUUGUGCUUUCAGUGCUUCCCUGAGGGAGACUUUUUCCAGUUGCUAAUGCAUCUUGCUAUCAGGAAAACUGUUCCUGAUACUUGGCAUAAUGUUUCAGUGCCUGAUUUAUUUUCAUCUCUUCUAGCAGCACCGAAGAAACUGAAAUCUCAGUUUAAAUGGAGAUAUCUUUUCUUUAUAGUAAGGGUUUUCAUAGCCUCUAACUCCUAAUCUUUGGACAGAAUGAAUCAGUUUCCUCCAAAUUAUUGACUAUUUAUGUGCUGAACGUGCUUCGGGUGAGAUAGACUUCAAAACAGCCUGUGAUGUGACAAGAGUUUUGUACCCUCAUAAGGUAAGUUGGUUAUAUUUUCUUUACAUAGCAAAU